GGCCCCAGACUUUUUGACUAGGGAUGACGACUUGCCUAGAGCAUUGAUCUUGCUUCGAACCGGUAAGCACAAGCAUUGCCCAUCUAGCAACUGGGCGGGAAGCCUCUCGUCGGUUAGCCGCUCCGCACUUCAACAGCACAAAACCUCUCCUCGGUGCCUCGACCCGCAAUGACCAACACCGUCAAGCAGGCUGCCGAAACGGCCCAAGUAAAGACAUCCGAAGCCAUGGGUACGGCCAAGGAAGUCGGAGGCGAGACUGUCGCCGUGGCCAAUGACUUCCUGCACACCCCAUUCAUGCGGGGGGCCCUGCCCUUCAUCAAUGGCGGUCUCAGCGGCAUGGUGGCCACGACCGUCAUCCAGCCCGUCGACAUGGUCAAGGUGCGCAUCCAGCUGGCUGGCGAGGGCAAGGCCGGCGGCCCCAAGCCGACACCCAUCUCCGUGACGCGCGAGAUCAUCGCCUCGGGCAGAGCCCUCGACCUGUACACAGGCCUCUCGGCCGGCCUUCUCCGCCAAGCCGUCUACACCACCGCCCGCCUCGGCUUCUUCGAAACCAUCAUGGGCAACCUGUCAAGCAGGGCCAAAAGCAAGGACAAGAGCAUCGGGUUCGCGGAGCGAGCAAGCGCCGGCUUAACCGCGGGCGGCCUGGCGGCCAUGAUCGGCAACCCGGCCGACCUGGCGCUCAUCCGCAUGCAGAGCGACGGGCUCAGGCCCCUAGCCGAGCGCAAGAACUACUCGUCCGUGUUCGACGCGCUGCGCUCCAUUGCGAGGAGCGAGGGAAUAGGCGCCCUAUGGGCGGGCGCCACUCCGACGGUCGUCCGAGCCAUGGCGCUCAACUUUGGCCAGCUCGCCUUUUUCAGCGAGACCAAGGCCCAGCUCAAGCAGCGCACCCAGUGGUCCACCAAGACGCAGACAUUCACUGCCAGCGCUGUCGCCGGAUUUUUCGCCAGUUUCUUCUCCCUGCCGUUCGAUUUCGUCAAAACCCGGCUGCAGAAGCAGCAGAAGGGCCCCGACGGGAAGCUUCCCUAUCGCAGCAUGAUCGACUGCUUUACCAAGGUGGCGAAACAGGAAGGCUUGACAAGGUUUUACCGAGGCUUCGGAACCUACUAUGUGCGCAUUGCGCCUCAUGCGAUGGUGACACUAAUUGCGCUCGACUACCUCACAUUCCUCACUCGAUAGCCACGUCCGGUUGCAUAUCGUCGAGGCUCUUCUUUCUUCCCUUUCCCCGUUCAGAUUUUGCGAUCUUGCAUCAGAAAGAUUUCGUCCUCGUGGAGUUUUUGCGGCAUAAACCUUUGCUUCGGCAGGAUUUAGUGCGGUAUACCAAGGGCUUCAACGGCGGGAGCCCUGGUGGCAGUAUAUUCGUCGUCGUCUCUCGAUGUGCCCGAGUCUGUUGGCCGGCAGCGCAUGUGUUGUUGUCGUAGAGAGAUUUUAGUCGUACAAAACAGACAUUUUCAGCGGACUCCCAAAUCUCUCAUUUAAUUGACGAAUCCCAGAGGGCAAUUCCGCAAGGUGGCAUGGGUGCCGCAGUAUUUCCUAGACCCGGCACAACUUCGGGAAAUGGUACCUAUGUAAGUAUCACAAAACUCAAUCCCCAAAAAGGAGUAAAACAAAGGGGCGG